UGAAAAUCAAGAAACUAGUAGUAGGUAGACACUAGACAGAAGACACUAUAGCUAUUUUCAAUUUCGAUACACAGUAGUUUCUCAACCUCUAGAUUAUCCAUUUUUGAUAUUUAAUGUUUUAAAAGUAUAAAAUCGGCAGGUAUGUAGAUGCCUUUAUAAUCAUUAAGUCAAAGGAUUGUAAUGAGUAAACAGUGAAGUUACAAAGAAUUGUAAACGGAAGUUUGUUGUUAUUUCUAUCUUUAUUGCGUUGCAAAAUUACGCUGACGUCUGAUCUUUAUGAUGGAUUUAUUCAACAAAGGAAUGAAAGGUCCAUCAAGGCCAGCGCCUGUGCCUCCAGGUGCAAUUGUCCAUAGAUACUCCCCAGUUACAAAUUUGAAUGAUGAUCCCUUUGGCUCAGAAGUAUUUGAACCACAACCAAUGUACUUGCAGAAGAAAAAACCACCUCCUCGGCCACCUCCACCAAAAAUUAAUAAGCAACCGGAAGUACCAGCCAAACCAAUACACUUUAUGCGUAGACCUACUGUACUUACAUCAUUAUUAAAUCGCAAAAACAAAAAUGUAGUUAAUCAAUCAACUGCAAAUCCAUCAUCUACUUCAACAACAAACUUUACCGACUUCUGUGAAGUAGAUAAUAAUAAGAUGUUUUCUAGAUGUGAGCGUACAAAUAUACAAACAGCUGCACUUAUAGAUUUAUCGUCUCCCCCAAGUUCUCCAACUUUUACAACAAGAUCUAGCAGUGAUGGAAUCAGUGUUGAUAGCUUUGGAUCUGAUGCAACUACCUCUACAAGCAAUAGGAAUGCAAUAAGUGGGGGUAAUGCUUCUCAGGCUGAAAGCGGUUUUGAAGAUGACUUUGAUCUCUUCCUUACAACGAGAAAGCAAAUAAGCAAAGAAGACACAAUGGAUGAUUUUUCAACAAUAGAUCCUUUUUCACCACAACCAGUAAAUAAACCACCAAUAAUGAAAAAACCCCUUUUAAACAAAGAUUUAUUUGAGGUAUGCAAUCAGGUUACUGCUCCUUCUAAAGGACCAACGAUAAUCCGAGCAAAACCAGCUCGACCAAAACCACCAGAUAACUCGGCUAUAUUAAAAAGCUCCUUCGGUAGCAGUUUUCAAAUAGCAACUAUGAAUAUUAAUACAACUACACCAAUACAAAGGGUCACCAAUGGCUUUGAAGAUAAUGACGAGAAAUUGCUCUGGGACUGCGAUUCACCAGAGCGAGAGAAAACUCCUCCAAUGCCGACAAUCCCGCCACCACCGCCUCCAGUCAUCGACGAUGACCUGCCGGUGGUCUGGCCUGAUGAUCUGCCCGACACAGAUCAGAAUAGCGAGCCGUAUGCAGUAGCAUUAUUCGAUUAUUUCACAGGUCACUCGGAAGACUUAUAUUUUUCGGCUGGAACGAAAAUAAUACUAGUCCGGCGUGUGAAUGAGGAAUGGCUGCAUGGUAAACUAGAAACAGGAGCUGAAGGUCUCUUCCCAUCAAAUUACGUAGAAAUCAAAGUGCCUUUAAAUGAUAGCAGUAUAUUGGGUACGGCUGUAGCGUUAUACGAUUUCGCGCCAGUCCAAAAUGGCGAUUUACAGUUUAAUACAGGCGAUAAUAUUACUGUUCUGUCGAAAAUUAGUGAUGAAUGGUAUUUUGGUGAGUGCAAUGGGAUUAAAGGCCAGUUCCCAGUCAACUAUGUGCAAAUUAGUUAGUGAUUUGUCGAUAUAUUCCAAUUGGUGCUGCACCCUUAUUCUUAUGAAAAUAAUCUAAUUUAUAAUACAGCCACUACAUAAUAUGAAAGCAUAUAAUCAAAGCAUAGGUAUCGUCGCCUGACUAGAGCAACACCUGUUUCUUAAUUUUGCGUAGAGUAAUCAUGCUUUGAUUGUAGAAAAAAUUUGUCUCAACGAAAAUUUACCCGACUAAAAUGUUUUGUGAAGGGAAAAUUCUUAAAGCGUGAAUUGCCCGUCAUCCUGAUGAUCCUAUUAUAAUUGUAUUGGAUGUGCCGUGUCCUUUGAUAUUUAUGUGAUUUUAAUAAGAAGACUGAUGUCUAUAUCUCGAUAAAUUGUACAAUGAUUUGGAAUCUAUGAAUUGAAGUAGUAGUGCGAGAACCAAAUAGACCUUAUUCAAACUAAAUCUUAAUAUAUUGAUCUGAAUGCAGUAACUAUUGUUAUCAAACUCGUUGCCAUAGUAAUUUAAGAACUUUUUAUCAAAUGACCUACUUUACUCGGCACGAACUAACCUAUAAAAUGCACUAUAUGACUGAAUGUUAAUACAAUUAAUAAUGUAGUCACAAGUUGAGAACAUAAAUACUUUAACAUUUGUUGGUUUGAAAAAGUUAUAUUAUUUAAUUUCCGACCGAAAUCUACUGAUAUUUAUUUUACUUUAUUUGUUGAUUUUAAAUAUUACAAAAUUAAAAUCGGCGCUAAUAAUACGUGUAUAGAAGAACACUUGUAAGAUCCGAUUUUAUACCAUUUACAGUUAUUAUUAAGGUGACUUAUGUUUUAACUUGCGCGAUGUAGUAUAAUGGUUGUGUAUGUAACUAUUGUAAGCAUAACACAUUUAAAAUUAUGUCACAGUAUCCAUAUGCUUUUAUCAAUAUGUGGGUAUACUCAGAAGAUGAAAUUAUAAUAUGUAAAUAAUAUUAAUAAUCGCAUGGCGAUAAUAAAAGUAGUAAGAGUCAGUUAACAAUAUAUGUAUGUUUUUAAAUUUUUAUAGCUAGUCUUUUAUGUAUAUAUUUUGUGUCAAUCAAUUAUUAUGUUAAUUUAAUUAACUUCUAUUAAUUAUUAAAAUUAAAUUAUUUUUAAUUUUUUAUACAAUGUGUCUUGUAUGUAAAUGUAGUGUAAAUCGAGUUGCAAUAUAACGCAUAAUUACUAAUAUUAGUUUAUGUCAUUUGUUUUGGUGGGACCAUAAAAUUAGUGCCUUAGUAUUUUCUCAUUGUGUAUAUUGUAAUAUAAUUAUUUUAAUUAAAUAAUACCAGACACGAAACUGUUUUUUAUUUGUAACAAGUUUUAAAAAUAUGUUUAGAUUGCAUAAAAUUGUUAUUUAGGAUUUGGGAGGCAGACUAAUAAAACGAACAUAUCACAU